AUGAAAGCAGCCGCCGCCAUCGCGCUCAUCCUCUGCAUGAUCCCCGCAGUCUGCAUCGUGGUCUGGAUCGGUCUUCACUUUGCGAAACGACAUAUCGAAAGCAAAUCCGCCAUGAGCAAAGCCUACUACCGUCGAGCGCGCGAGGGUAUUCCAAACACCACUGACGUCGAACUCGGCCCUCUCAAUGCCAACCGCUACACAGUACAAUUGGCACCAUACCGAUAUGUGAAGAGGAAUCAGCAGACUACCUUUGUUCGACCGACCCAGGAUCAGCGAGCUCGACGUACCAAGAUGAACAUCCGAGGCACGAACUACCACGUUGUUGAGAAUAGACAGACCAGCCGGAGGAGCGCUUCAGCUAAACCGAAUCAACGGAGUGACCAUGGGUCGAAUCGAGCCCAGCAGGCUGCAAAAAUGAGCAAGAAGGAGAGGAAGAGGCAGAGGCAACAGCAGAAGCAGCAGCAGAGACAAAAGGAGAAGGGAAAAGAAAAGCACGAGAAGGAGGAAAGCAACAAAUGGGAUAACGGCUCGGGGAAUGGCCAGCGAAGCAAUGGUGAUUCAUGGAAUGAUAAGUCCAAUCGGGGAAGCAAUGCAGAGGGACAGUCCCAGCAACGAAGCCAGCAUAGCCAGCAAGAUGCUUCCAAUGGAGUACUCGGCCAAUGGGACGUUGUCGAACAAGAAGAAGAAAAUCCGCAGACUAACAACUUGAAUCCCUGGAACGAGAACGUCCAGGGGGAUCCUCCGGCCAGCCACCAUGGGUCUGCAAAUGCGGGAUGGGACACUGGCAAUCAUGAGAAUCGGGAUGAGGUUCACGCGCAGCAAUGGUGA